AUGCUUCGAGUGCUUCGAUGUAGUCCCUGUGGUGCCUGGGUUUGCCAGAUAAGGCUCUUCAAUAAAAAGUUACGCCCAAAGACACAUUAUGAAGUACUCGGAGUAGAAAGUACAGCUACACUCGCUGAAAUUAAAACAGCCUUCUACUCACAAUCGAAAAAAGCUCAUCCUGAUAAUUCUGCCGACGAGGCGACGACUGCUCGCUUCUUAGAGCUGAAAAAUGCUUAUGACGUACUCAGGAGACCAGCGGACCGUAGUCUAUACGAUUACCAGCUGAAAGGUGGAGGCGGAAGAUAUCCAAAUGCAGGUUAUCGGUAUCAAUAUCCGUCAACAGCACCUCCACAGUAUGAUUUCGGACGAGAUUGGUCUACGUAUUGGAGCCAGAAUCCAGACAAUUCGAGGUCAGCAAGGGAGGAAAGAGAUAAAUCUGCUCGUCAAUUCAUGAAAUCUAUUAUCAAAUGGACUGCUUUCGGAUUGAUCCUCGUUGCAAUGUAUAACGGAGGAUACGUGUUAGUUUUUUGUAAAUUAUUCGCAUAUUUGUGGGGGACGUCCUGUGGAUGGUCCGCCGAGGGCGGAGCAAACGAGCAGGUGGCAGAAAUUGGGAGAAUUCUGAAAGCAGAUGUCGAUGAGAUUUGGAAAAUGAAAACAACGCGAAAUCCAGAUGAAAUCAGAGAAGAAUAUCGUUGGUUCCGAGCCCUGCAAGAUACUGAUCACAUUCGAAGUCUCAAAGAAAAACGAAUGGAAUUGAAGGAAAAAGAAAGAAACAAAUGGAGAAAUCAAGAUGAAGAUGGAUAG